GCGCCUUGGCUGGGCCGCAGCUCCACUCGUCAUCCUCGUGGGGGUGGUGGAGGCGGCCAGCGCCGAGCUCGCGCGCGGGCAGGCGGCCCCCGACCUCGAGGUCUAUUACGACGACGAGGCGAGCGUGGACAUGAAGGGGUUCUGGCUCGACGGGCCCAUGGACUCCUCCGCGCACGUGGACGCGCUGCCGGCGCCCGCCAGCCCGGGCGACCCUGUCCCCGCGCCGGCUGGGCCACCGAGCGCGCGCUUCGAGGCGCCGCCGGUUCCGGAGUUCCCCAAGCCGCCCACGCCGCCGCCCAUGCCCGUCGGGCGACCUUUCAUCGUUCGGGCGAGGGUGCAGUGGCCAGAAGGAGCGCAGUGGAUGAUUUUCAGAGGGAGGGCGGCCGACGCCGCCGCGGCCAGCGCAGUGGCUGACUACCUCGACGGCGCAAUGGCUCUCGAGGUGGAGGACCCGACUGGCGCAACCAUCCGUUUUCUCGUGAAGCCUGACGGCGUCAUCCGCGCGCCUGCCCCAGGGCCCUCAGGGCGUCUGCCAGCGGGGUUCAUCGAGGAGAUGCUCCACCACGCGCCCCUGGGCUGCGAGGAGCUCGGCAUCAGCGUCUCGGCGACCAACGUACCCGAGAAAGUCUGGCAUAAGCUGGCGGCGUGGCACGGGCUCCCCGUGGGCGGACGAGCCGGGCCGCUCAGCGAGGCUCGCUGGCGGCUGCUCCGCGAGAAGGUGGCCAGCUUGGUCAGGUGGCACCCCGAGGGAGGCGUGGCGCCCAGCCCGAGCUUCGAAGCGAGAGCUACAGAGGCGGACGCUAAGUUGCGCAGCCACUGGCAGCGGCUUGACCGCAGCAGCUCGCCCAGGCCACCAGCUGGGUCCACGCGCCGUGGCUCGCGCUCCCCGUCCGCCGAGGGCGGGCGGGCAGCGAGCUCUGAGGCACCAGUAUCAGGAGAGAGCCAUCAAGGGGGCGACGGCGGGGACAUGAUGGCAUGCUACUUGGAGGAGAAGGCUCGCGGGUCGAGCGACGCGGCGGCGGUGCAGAGUGUGGCCGCCGGCUUCGACGAGGAG